ACAUUUUUUUACUUUUUCGGCCUUCGGAUCGUUCGGACGUGCUACGCGGUCUCGUCUGUGUGAGUGAGUGAGUGUGCGUGACUGGAGCGGCGAGAAAGCACAAUUAAAAUAAAAUCGAGCUGCAGCUGUUAAUCCAGAGAUAACAGGCGAUACAAUACAAUAUCGUUAUCUAUUUACAAACAAAUCGGAGUGAAAUAAUGCCGCACACAAGUGCAUAGAGCGGCGUGUCUGUGUGCGCGUAGGUCACUCUCUUUUUGAAAUAGUAAACAAAUUGCAAAAAAGGCUCAACAAAAAAGGAAACAAAAAUACAAAUAUUAAUAUUAUUAAACAAAAUAUUCAGCAGUGCGUUUGAAAUAAUUUGGAAAAGCCGCCGCAAAAGCAGCGUGCUGCUAGUGUGUUAGUGAGGCGUACACACAAAUAUAUAUAUACCAGCGAAUAGGUGCAUAUAACGUGUACAUAAUACAUAAGCAGUGCAUUCAAUUAAGUGAAAUCCAUAUAGUUUUGUGCAUGCGAAAUUGGAAAAAUCAAAAGGAGUUUCCGCAGCAGCAGCGCAGCGGCAGAGGCGCCAUCAAAGUAACGGAUUUUCACACGCGGUUGACCAAGAUACAGAAUCACGACGACGCGACGAGCGAAAAUGGCCAAAAUGGAGGUCGACGACGUGGUCGACUUGAGUUUAGGAUCCGGCCGUGAUCCGGCGUUGACCAUAACGCCGUCUCCGUCUCCGGCGGCGCUCAGUAAUCGGGAUCUGCGAGCGCUGACGGCCAACAAUACGGGUCUGACCAUCACUCCAUCUCCGGCGCCGGCGACAAACAACGGCACCGCCACCGCCACCGCCACCACCAAUAGCAGUAACAUUAACUCCAACAGCAGCAGCAGCACCAACAAUAGCAGUAAUCCCACUAAUAGCUCCAGCACAAACAACAACAACAACAAUAACAACAACAACAACAGCAUCAGUGGCAGUGAAGGGGUGACAGGUGCGACAGGUGGUGGCUCCUUGGGAGGCGGUCAGGAUGAGAAUAAGGUUCAAAGGCGGGUCCUACGACCCCGAACCGAACCCAAAUCCUAUGCCGAAGCACCGGAUAUUGUGUUAUUACCCGCUCGCACCAAUGGACGUCAGCAGAAUGGGAAUAUUGACUCGGAGACGGAUGACGAGGAGAUGCCGCCCUAUGUGCCCAUCAAGGAGCUGAGUCAUGCGGAGCUCAAGGAGCGCGAGAAGAGUCUAAGGAAGCUGCGACAGGAUCUGCGUAACGAGGAGACCAAACUGAUGCUGCUCAAAAAACUGAAGCAGUCGCAGCAGGUGAUGAAGGAGAAUAUGGUGGUGACCCCGACCAGCGUUUCGCCCAACAAUCCGCUGGCCGCAAUACCCGCCGCCCUCACCUCGAAGGGAUCGCUGAGUGUGACGCCGACGUCGGCGGUACCGCUGCCCGCCCACAGCAAGGGCAGCAGGAGCAGCUUAAGCGGCAGCGGCGGACCAGCAGUGAGCAUUAGCGCCACCAACAGUCGAACGGGAAGCUCAAGCUCAGCGGCGGCGGCCGCUUCUGCAAUUGCCGCUGCAGCGGCAGCCUUGAGCGGUCAACAUCGCAGCAGCAGCAGCAGCAGCAGCAGUAGCAACUCAAUUCUGCCGCCGCCAAGGUCAUCGCUGCCAGCGGGCGCUACAUUAGCCGCCGGUACCACCAUCACGCCUGCCACCUCCUCAUCGCACCGCUCGAGCAAUCUGCCGCCGCGUACCAACCUGCCGAAUCUCACCAUUACGCCCUCGGUGACCAUCACGCCCACAUCGGCGCCGCCCUCCAGUCUGAAACCACGCAAUCCUAAUAUUUCGGAUAAUUCGAAGGUACCUGGGACCAUAAGCAAUUCUGUUUCCAUCACACCGGCGCUCCCACUGUCCCAAUCGCAUCAGAAUCAGCACAACGAGCAAAAGAAUGAUCGCUCCACGCCAAGAGAAGAUGCCCAGACACCUGCUCAAAGACAGGCGGCAGCUAAAAUGGCCCUUCGCAAGCAGCUGGAAAAAACGUUGCUUCAGAUUCCCCCACCAAAGCCACCACCGCCAGAGAUGCACUUUAUACCCAAUCCCAGCAACACGGACUUUGUCUAUCUCCUUGGUUUGGAAACUGUUGUGGACUAUUUGACUGUCAACAAGAAGGCCAAUGCUGUGGCAGCUCCUUUCCGUUGUGCCCAGUGCAAGAUUGAUUUUACACCUGUGUGGAAGUGGGAAAAGCAGACCAACAAAGAUCCCAAGGUGAUUUGCGAGCAGUGCGUAACCUCGAAUGUGAAGAAGGCUCUCAAGGCGGAGCACACCAACCGACUGAAACAGGCGUUCGUGAAGGCGCUGCAGCAGGAGCAGGAGAUAGAGCAGCGACUGGCCAGCCAGAGCAGUCCCUCGCCAGUGGACACCCAUGGGUCGAGUGGUGGCGGCAACUCGCUCUCCGUCUCCGCGGUGACCAGCAACUCCACAUCGUCGCACCUGCAAAGGGAACGGGAACAGUUACAGGCGACGCACGCUUCGGCGGCGGCUGCCCUGGUCAAUCUGCCGCCGUCGGUGACGGUGAUACCCACCAAAUGCCACACGCCAACGCCAGCGACACCGCGUCCAACGCCGCCGCCACCCCAAAGUCAAGCCACACCACCGCCGUCGUCGUCGGGGGCGUCGCGAUCAUCGCGAGCAGCUGCCACGGCUGCAGCGGCCGCCAUUGCCGCUCAGCAGGCGGGCAUCCUUAGUCCCGGACCGACGGCAGCGCAUCACCACGAGGCGGCCACCUCCUCCAGAUCCUCCCGCAACGAUCGGCUCGAUCACCACCACCAGUCGCAGCAGCAACAGCAGCGGGAUCAGCGCGACCGGGAUCAGCAGCGGGAUCAGCAGACGCAACAGCAGCAGCAGCAGGCCCAGAGCUACGACAAAUACUCGGCGGCCACGCUGGCGGCGGCUGCCCAUCUGAGUGCCCUUAGCGGCAUGGGUGGAUUGAACAUCAAUAGCCUGGCCAGUCUGGGCAACCUCAGUCAGCUGGGCAACCUGGCCGCCCUCGGUGGCUUGGGCAACUUUGGCGGAGCAUCGACGGGCUCAAAUAAUCCAGCGGCGGGACUGGGCAACUCCUCGCCAGCUGCCACGGCGGCCGCCAUGCAGGCUUUCCAACAGCAGCUCUUUAGAGCUCUGGGACAAGGACUUGGUGGCAAUCCGCAGCACAUGAUGCAGUUUGCUCCGCUUCUGUACUCUUACCAGAUGGCCAUGGCGCAGGCAGCACAAGUGGCAGCUUUUAACAACAACAACAAGAAGAGCAGCUCAUCCUCCGGAUCGGCGAAGAACUCGAGCAGCGCCAACAGCAUGGCGGACGUUCAGCGGGCGGCGGAGCUGCAGCGCCAAUAUCUACUGGAGAUGAUUCCGCCCCAGCAGCAGAGCGGAGCCAGCGGCAGUCGCCAGAACAACUGGAAGGCCUAAGAGGCCGCCACUAACGACAAAUUACAAUUAACAUCAACGUUAACGUAAACGUAAACAACAAAAAAAGCAGCAGCAGCAGUAACAACUACUUUUAUGGUUUUCUUGAUUAGGUAAUUUUAUAAUUUAAACAAAACUAAAAACUAAAAAAAAAAAAAAAACAAUUAAUAAGAAAACAACAUCAAAUAUACACGUAAAUAUUAAUUAUGCUAUUUGUAAACAAUAAUUAUACAUAAUUAUACAAAACGGAAGAAGCAAAAAAACAAAGCCGAUCUAAAAAUAAUUGUUAGUAGUUUCCUUUUUUUGUUACCACUGCAUUAAAUAUUUUAAAUAAUUUGCCAGCCAGAAUAUAGCAGCCGAUAAAUAAAUGCAACCCCAUACGCUCCUAGUAAUUGAAUAUUAAAUAUGAAUAAUAUUGAAUCCUAGCCUGUAAGAAGAUUGCCCCGUUUUUCUAGGGGCCCACACACACACACACACUUACACCACAUUCAAUACCACACCCACUCCCACGCCACACCUUUUUGUAAUUGUUAACCUUUUUGGGAGUCCCAAAUAGGAUCGGUAGACAGCACCACCCUUAUCGAUAAGAAGCGCGCUCCCUUUUUCGGUCUUAUUAAACAAUUUUGUCGUACAAUUCGUUUAGUUUGUAGCAUCGUGAAUAAAUCUAUAAAUAUAAUAAUUAUAUUUUUUAAUCAAUUUUAAGCAUAUGCAUUAGUAUUAGUUGUAAACAAAUUUUUAGGGUAUAAUAAAUUACAGAAAACAAUUACACACAAAAGUUCUUGCAUUGCCAGCCAGCCACACAACAUAAUCCACGUUUCAUCGCUCACACACAUCAUAAUCAUUUCCGAUUCCAAUUCAAAUCCUCCACAUGCCUUAUCCAUGUUACAGCUCCGAUACGAAGUUAGUACUGUUAUUUAGUUGAGACCGCAAGGGAUCCAGCAACCAUAUAAUAUCACGAUCGUCUCUUAGUAGGACUGUUUGAUUUGGUUCCAAUUCAAAUGCAAAUAAAAUACAUCGAAAACUAAAAAGCUAAAAACCGUAUAAUAAUUUGUACAUAUAUGACAGAUGAGGUAUUCAUCUUCGGUAAACCGAAAUUUAUAUACUCUUCCCAUUAGAACAGAAAAGAUCUUCAGGUUUUCGAUUCUCCAUUGAAAGCGAGCUCUUCCCAAACGGGCGAAGAUGAGCUGAGCGGACAUGAAUAUAAUAAUAUUGACUGAAUAUUAGCAUAUACACAGAGUAGUAGGAUUCUAGACAGAAGCAGAGGCAUGCAUAAAUCCCUAAACAUACGAAGUAAACAUAUAUAUUUUUGAUUUAGCGGACGACGGCAGUUGUAGGUUUACAUUCAGGCGAAUCAUUCGGAAACAAACCAAAUUCACUUUGGGCAUUCGAAAUCAAAAUGUGAUCAAAAUAUGAAAUUACAAAAAAACGUAAGAAAAUGAGAAUAAAAUGGAAACAAUUAAAUGGAAACAAGCAGAUGAGAAAUUCAUAAUUAAUUUAAGCUAAAAAAAAAAACAAAAAUAACUAAAAAUGCAUUGUAAUUCAUUCGGCAUCCGUUUCAGUGUGUAUGUGUGUUUGAAAUUCUAUGCUAAAUGUAAAACAGUAUAAGAAUAUAACAGUUUUUAAACCAAAA